UUAUUAUUUUUUAUUCUACGAGUUGGACCGAGGUGUUUAGGAUUCCCGUUCUCUACUCCUCUGGUUCGACGCCUAGGGUUUCUAGACUUCCCAUCGCUGCCCGCUACCGGAGCAGCGAGCGGCCGGUGGAACUCCAGACGCACCGAAAACCUUAGAAUUGGCCCUCUCGGCUCCGAGUUUUUUCUUUGGAACGGCGAAGGCCUUCGAACCCCUUUCCCGAGGCCUCUUGAAUCGAAUCCGAGCACCAAGCGACGAAUCGAACCCCCCCACCCCCCCUCUCUCUCUCUCAAGAACAGGAAGAGAGAAUUUAUUUUUUCCUCCAUUGGAUUCCGUAAGAACAGAUCUUUCCCUUCUAAAACAUCGAAUCCCAUGGCCUCGAUCUAUUUGAUGGAACCCUUGAAGAAGGAACCGGACCGAGAUCUUGGUUCCUUUUGAUUUACUGAAGAGAGAUUGGAACUUGGUUUUCCCUUUUCUUUUCACGGAAAAAAAAGAUCCUCUUUUCUGCCUUUCGUUGGAAAAAAGAAGGCAUUCUUUUAUCUAAGAUCGAAUUGCUUCAGGACGGGUAAAGGAGGAUCAAACCUAGAUCUGUUCUGCCAAGAAAGGGUUUCUGGUUUUGAUCUGAAAAAAAUAUCAUCUUAAACAUGUUCAAAUCGGCUGUUUACCAUGGGAAUUCUCUAAUUGGGGAGGCGGAAAUCUUCCCCCAGAACUCGAACCCUGGCGCGUGGGUCAGGGAGAUCCGGAUCUCCCACUUCUCCCCGUCGAGCGAGCGGUGCCUGCCGCUCGCCGUCCUCCACACCAUCGCCUCCGGCGGCGUCAGCUUCAAAAUGGAAUCAAGGUCGCCACCGUCCGAUGAGUCGCCGCUGUGCUCCUUGCACGCCGCUUGCCUCAGAGAGAACAAGACUGCAGUUAUCCCAUUAGGAGGGGAAGAACUGCACUUGGUGGCCAUGAAUUCCGGGAAAAACCUCAUGCACCAUGCAUGUUUUUGGGGUUUUAAUGUUGCAUCGGGACUGUACAAUUCGUGCCUUGGCAUGUUGAACCUGAGGUGCCUUGGGAUUGUGUUUGAUCUUGAUGAAACCCUUAUAGUUGCUAAUACUUUACGCUCAUUUGAGGACAGGAUUGAUGCUCUUCAGCGAAAAUUAAGUAAUGAGACAGAUCCGCAACGUGUUACUGGUAUGUUGGCUGAGAUCAAGCGCUAUCAAGAUGACAAAUCUAUCUUGAAGCAGUACGCAGAAAAUGACCAAGUCGUUGAAAAUGGGAAGGUCUAUAAAGUUCAGUCUGAGGUUGUACCACCUUUAUCUGAUAGUCACCAGUUGAUAACCCGUCCAGUUAUAAGGUUACAAGAGAAGAAUAUCAUUCUUACACGUGUUAAUCCUUUGAUACGGGAUACUAGCGUCCUUGUACGGCUAAGACCUGCAUGGGAGGAGCUAAGAAGCUACUUAAUUGCCCGAGGUCGCAAGCGUUUUGAGGUCUAUGUUUGUACAAUGGCAGAAAGAGAUUAUGCUUUGGAAAUGUGGAGACUUCUUGACCCAGAUUCAAGCUUGAUCAGCUCUAUACAACUUCUUGACCGGAUAGUGUGUGUCAAAUCAGGCUCAAGAAAGUCACUUCUUAGUGUCUUUCAAGAUGGAAUUUGCCAUCCAAAGAUGGCACUAGUGAUUGAUGAUCGUCUGAAAGUUUGGGAUGAAAAAGAUCAACCUCGAGUUCAUGUUGUCCCUGCUUUUGCUCCAUAUUAUGCCCCUCAGGCAGAGGCAAAUGGCAACGUCCCAGUUUUAUGUGUUGCAAGAAAUGUUGCAUGCAAUGUUAGGGGUGGUUUUUUCAAAGAAUUUGAUGAAGGCUUACUGCCACGAAUUAGUGACAGUUUCUAUGAAGAUGAAUGGAAAGAUUUCCCAUCUGCUCCAGAUGUGGGCAAUUAUUUAAUUUCAGAGGAUGACAAUGCUACUUCAAAUGGAAAUAAAGAUCAGCUCUGUUUUGAGGGCAUGACAGAUGCUGAGGUUGAGAGGAGAUUGAAGGAGGCAAAUUGCAAUGUGCAGGCUAUUCAUCCCAUGGUCAAUAACUUUGACCCGAGGUCAGUUUCUUCUAUUCAACACGUUAUGGCUUCUUCAUCUGCUGCACUUCCGCAGACAGCCACUCAAGCGAUGAUGCCUUUGCCUAACAACAAUUGCCCACAGCCGAUUGCAUUAGGCAGGCCAUUAGUAUGUCAAUCUGGCCUUCCUGAACCUAGUUUGCAAGGUUCUCCUGCUAGGGAAGAGGGUGAGGUUCCAGAGUCAGAAUUAGAUCCAGACACAAGGAGAAGACUUCUUAUAUUGCAACAUGGUCAAGACACACGAGAUCCUACUCCUUCAUUUACUGUGAGAUCCCCUCUCCAUGUUGCAGUUCCUCCAGUGCAAUCACGGGGAAAUUGGUUUCCAUUGGAGGAGGAGAUGAAUCCAAGACAACUGAGCAGGGAACCCAAAGAAUUUACUUUAGAACCAGAAACUAUACGUUUUAAUAAAAAGCGACCUAACCAUCAAUCAUAUUUUCGCAGUGGGGAGAAUUCUAUUUCUUCUGAUAGAGUUCUUCAUGAAAAUCGGGGUUUGCCUAUGCAGUUACAUCAAGGAGAUGAUCGGUUGAGACCAAACCAUGCAGCAGCGAACUAUAAUUCCUUCCCAGGCGAGGAGAUGCCAGCUGGUCUAAUUUCUUCCAGCCACAAGGACACCCAAUUUGAAUCUGGACGGGCCACUGCACGAUAUGCAGAAACUCCUGCUGGAGUCCUACAAAAUAUUGCAAUGAAGUGUGGAGCAAAGGUGGAAUUUCGCACAGCUUUAUGUGACACUACAAACUUGCAGUUUUCUAUGGAGGUUUGGUUUGUUGGAGGAAAAUUAGGUGAAGGAAUUGGUAAAACGAGGAAGGAAGCCCAGCAGCAAGCUGCCGAAAUCUCCCUUCGAACUUUAGCUAAUAAAUAUUUGUCAAAUGCUAGAUCUGACCCCAGUACUCUGCAUGGAGAUAUGCUUAAGCCUUUUCAUAUCAAAGAAAAUGGUUUUACAAGCGAUUUAAACUCGUUUGGGUAUCCAGCAUGUGCCAGGGAUGACGUUUUGCCAGUAGCUAGCACUUCAGAGGAGUCCCGUCUCAUGGACCAGAGACUUGAGGGUCCAAAUAAAACAGCAGCUGCUGUUGCUGCCCUCAAAGAUCUAUGUACCAUUAAGGGAUUUAAUCUAGUUUUUCAAGCUCAGUCUUCACCUUCAGCUGGUUCAGUCAGUAAAGGGGAAGUGUAUGCCCAGGUUGAAGUAGCGGGGCAGAUAUUAGGAAAAGGAGUUGGAACAACCUGGGAAGAAGCUAAGCUGCAGGCUGCUGAAGAGGCCCUUGGAGCUUUGAAGUCUAUGCUCGGUCAGUUUACUCAGAAACACUCAGGAUCUCCAAGGUCACUGUCUGCGACUCCAAACAAGCGUUUGAAGGCAGAUUUUUCGCGGUUGCUGCAGAGAAUUCCAUCAUCUGGUAGAUACUCUAGGAAUGAAACUCCUGUGCCUUGAUAAUUACCAUUGCAGUUUUUCCAGUGAGGCAUCUGUUUAUUCAUCUGUAGCCUAGUGGUGGGAUGGACCUACCAAGGUUGCAAAGGAGGGUCGUCACAAUUUUGCAAGGAGCAUCAUCUGUAGCCCAAGACAAGCUUUUCAAGGCAACUGUUAACACUAAUUCCUGCCGCUUCUCAGGUAGUUCUUGGGUAUUGCAUGAUCCAUCAGUAAGGUAUAAGAUCUCUAUAUAUCAAUUUGGUGGUUGUACAUAUCUUCACAGCUGAACAUAUGUUGGGAUCACACUGUGGUUUUGUGGAUGGGGAGCGUAAACUGCUGGUAACAGUAUGAUAGAUGCAACAUCUCUUCGAUGCUUGGUGUUGUGGAGAUCUGAGAACAGAGAUUGCAGCUUGGGUACCUUCACAGAUUACAUUUCCAGUUCCAUAGGCCUACUGGCAUACUUGGCAAAGGGUUCAUGCCUCUAGCCUUCUUUACUCGUGAGGACCAGAGCGAAAGGAAAUUAAAUGCCUGCUAGCCAGGAAAACUGUUGCUCGUAAAGAUCGCAAUUAACAGGUAUUGGUGGCCAGUCAUUUAAAUGCUUUUGACUCCGUGCAUCACCGUAAUUGCGGGGCAGCCAAUUUGUCUGGUGGAAGCUGGGAAAGAGAGCGCCUACUCUUCACCGUAUAUUUUUACCGGUUCCAGCCUUAAGCUUAUUCUUAUUCAGAAGCUCAUAUUCUGAAAAAAUGAGCUUGUUGGGCUUGUCAAUGGUUAGUAAAGUCUUCAAAAAAAAAAAAGGGAAAAAGAUAUUCUAUAAUGCAGUUUGAGCCCCGCUACUUGCUAAUUUUUUAAUUGGUAAAUGAAUUGCAAACCAAUUCUCUUCAUUAGAUGAAGUGAGGUUUCAGUUGAA